UCCGGGAAGAUGGCGGAGACCGGGGCGGCGAACCGCUGUAGCCGAAGUGCGAGGAGAGUGUGGAUGUAAAGGGCCUGGGUGUGACAUUACAUUACACAUGUCAGCCGUGUCUCCCGCGGACAGUGGACACUUGUGUAGUGCUGGUAGAGUCGGAGGUUCGGGGUUUGGACCUCAGAGCGGUGACACACACACAGUUCCAGCUGCAGCUGCAGCUCCGGUGUGUGUUAGCAGCAUUGAUCUGACAGGCCGUGUUGGAGGAGCUCCAGCCUCGUACAGCACACCUCCCUGCCUGCCAGCUCUCCUCCUCACAUCCUCACAUCCAGCUCAUCUUUCUCUAAUCACCGUACUGCAUGUCCCUUCAUAACCGCUUCAUCACACCUCCUUCUAUUUAACCUGCCACUGGAAAUCUUCAGCUGCUCUUCCCUUAGCCCAUACAUAGCCAACCCAGCGUUCCCUCUCUCACUUCCCGCAGACAUGGUUGUCAGGUUUCUUUCGGCUUGGAAAUGAUCUGACUUUUUUUUCCACACACACGCCGUUUAUUUCUGUUCUCCUGACAAGGAGCGACUCUCUGCGCCUGCGUGUAAACAUUAGUACCCAUGUCUUCUCGGGUCACGGAUGGCUCCAGACUCCAUCUGCAUCCUUCCGCCUUGCUUUAAACUGAACAUGUAUACUGAGUUGAAAUUUAGUGUUGAAUCACCCCAUAUACCAUGCUGGCUCUGCCCUCUUGUCUUGUCCUCUUAACCUGCGGGAAAGUUUCCUUGCCUGCACUGCCUUCCCACCUUCUGGCUCAGAGUGCUCUUGCCAGCAUGUAUGCCACACGCCUGUACAGCGGCGGAGGGGGCAAGCCCGGUCGCCGUGUUGGUCUGAUGGGGGGAGGGCAGACCAUGCUGGAAAAUCCCCACCACCCUCUCGCCCCUCAUCACCCCCACAUCCCGCCUCCCCAGAGUUUCCCUCCUCCGCUGUACCAGGGCCGCGUGGAUGCCCACCGAACCUACUACCAGCCUCAUCAGCACUACCACACACACCCGCAGGUCCCUCACCUCCCUCCUCCACACUACCAGCCCCAUGCCCACAUGCACCACGGCAAAAAGAAGACCUGGAACUUCAUUCAUGAGAAGAUGAGCUACGACACUUUCUUCACCAUGAAGCGCCUGAUCGACCGCUCGCGCAGCGUGGACGAGGUGCUCCGCUGGGUCACUCAGAACCCGGGGAAGAUCUCGCACAACCACUACCCGAUCGCCUUACAGAAAAUUGGCCAGCUCCUGGCACUCCAGCAGGCUGCAGCUACUGGAGGUGUAGGAGGGAGUCUAGGGAGCGGCGGAGUGAGCCCCGAGGGAGCACUGUCCUCGCCCCCUGCUGUAGGCUCGGGCGAUGGUGCAACUCGACAGAUUCUGGAUCACCCAGACUUCCAGACCCUUUGCGACGCCAUUGUGAACGACUGCUCCAAAUUUGACAACUUCAGCAUCGUCAACUGCCUGUACGCCGUGGCUGCGCUCGGGCUGCCCAGUGACUCCCGGAUAGUGCAGGUGCUAGAGGAGGAAUCGCAGGGCCGCCUGUCUCAGUUCAACCAGAAGGACAUCUCCAUGGUGUUCAGCAGCUGCAUGAAGCUGCACCCGUCCAGCCAACACCCACUCAUCGAGUCGUGUCUGGCAGGCUUAGAGAAGAACAUCGAGCGUGAGCGUCACCCACAGACGCUGUUCCUGCUGUUGUCUUACUACCGCACCAAGUGGCGCGCGCUGCAGGCGGCCGACACGGCCUCCGCGGAACAGCUCGUGGUGGACCGCAAGAUCCUACGCCUGGUCAAACACACGCUGGCCAGUGUCAGCUGCGUACGCGACCACGAGAUGACCUUACUGGACGAGAUGCUGGCAGCGUGCGCCCGUGAGGCCAGCAACAAGAGCCUCGAGCUCAUCUUCAGCUCUCACCUCUUCUACCAGAACAGGCAGGAGAAGUUUGUGAGCAGCCUGGCUGAGGAGCUGCCUAAAAAGGUCGACAGUAUCACCCCGUACACCAUGGCUCUUAUCGCCAAGUAUAUCGCACGCCAUCGCCUCAGAGAAACACAACUACUGGACACGAUUGCAGAAUUCCUGGUCAAGAAGGCAGAGUACUUGGACAGCAAGGUGAUCCAGAAACUCGUGUUCCCUUUCAGCCGCAUGAGUUAUCGGCCGGCUAACGAGACUCAGUUCUUCGCCAAGCUGGAAAUGGUGCUGGAGCUGAAGGCUCUGAGCUCACCGCUAGCUACUGUGAACAUCCUCAUGUCCCUCUUCCAGCUGGGACACUUUCCCAGCCUGGUGCUGCACCGGGUCUUUUCGCCUUCCUUCAUCAGCAACGUUACCAACAGUCCCUAUGCUCUGAUUGUACGCCGCUAUUUGUCUUUGCUGGACGCUGCGGUGGAGCUCGAGCACAGAGAGUACACAGGACCUCGUCUGCAGGACUCACACAAAGUGCUCAUGUUUGACCACGCGCUCACUGCUGACGAGGUCAACCGCAAGUACAGUUACAAAGGUCUGGUUGCUGAGGCCCUCAGGCAGUUGGUUGGUGAGAACGGUUACAAACAAGAUGAAGUUCUACCUCCUGGGUAUUACACAGAUUUUUUGCUGUGGAUAGACCAUGCGGGUCGUGUUCUUCCCAUCAGAGCAGGCUCAGCCGCAGUCACGUUAACAGCUGACUCUAUGUGCACGGUUGUGAACCCUAAACCCGACGGCCCGACCUCUGUUGCUGCUCUCACCUCUGAUUUCCAGAAGUUUUCCCCCUUUCCACCGCCUCUAGAGGAGGGUGUCGACAAACACCCCGAAAAUGAUUCCACCUUCCUGCCGCCCCACAUCCAGAGAGCUGGCACCAAUGGAGCAGUGCCACUGGACUACAACACCUAUUACCCAGCUUCGGAUUACUAUUCCAGCCUGGCCAAGGAACACUCUCUGGAGAGCCAGGACAGCUCAACGUUGAGCAGCCCGUCAGAGUGUCUGGCACAAGCUGGCGCAGCUGUACCCGGGGCCAGUGUGCCACAGGACUCCCUCUUCCAGUUUUCUAUUGGAAAGAUACUGGAGGAUGAGCGUGGGGCAUCCAUCCAAGUGGGGGCCAAUUCAGGACCAGACUGCAGUAUCACACCUUUCUAUGAGGGUGUGACCUAUGAGGCAGGAGAAAGCAACGCAGGGACAGCUGCAACACUACAGCUGCACUCAUCAAAACCCUCUGAGAUGGAGAGGACACCCGUGGAGCACAUUAAAAGGGUGAUAAUGUCAGUAAACGAUAAAUGGCACUACUGCCACAACUCGGACGUGCUCGUGGGUUCCCGGGCGAUGAGAGACCGCCACCUGCAGCUGCUUGGCUACGUUAUACUACAGUUGCCCUAUCUGGAGUUGGAGAAGUUGAACGGAAUUGAGGAAGUGAAGCAGUACCUGCACAAAAAGCUCCUAGAGGUUCCUUUAUGACGAUGGAAAAGCAGAGGCGUGUGUAUGUGUGAGAGUGUGUUUUAGUGUAUGUGUGUGAGUGAGAGCAUGUCUGCAAGCAUGUGCAACAUUUAGUUUAAACAGGCAUCGGUGUUUUGAGGAAGAAGGCUUUGUCUGUGUGUGUGUGUGUGUGUGUGUGUGUGUGUGUGUGUGUGUGUGUGUGUGUGUGUGUGUGUGUGUGUGUGUGUACUGCAGGAUAUGAACAGUCCUGUAUUUUAGAGCAACUCUUGCUGAUACUAAGCCAGUGGAUGGGUGUCUUUAGUUCUUGACUUAGGGGAAAGGUUGAUAACACCUCUCUGGACAAAAUGUAAAAUAUAAAUAUAGAUAUUUCUGGGAAUAGAUGUGACCUUCUAGAACACUCACAACUAAAAGACAGUGCUGCUUGUAAAAGUUAGGAUUUGGGAAUUCAAAUGAACCGAGAUUUAUUGACGAAUGCGCAUGUCAGAGUCAAUGUCAGUUAGAGAGGCAUUAGUUUUGCACUGGAGCUACACAGCUAACCAGCACGUAAUGAACAUUCAGCAUCAUGGAAUCUGUGUUCAUGACACCGAGUUAGUAAUAUACAGUGGGGUUCAGAAGUCUGAGAUGGCUAGUGUAUAUAAAUUUCUGACGACAACCUGAUUACAUCAUUACAUCAAGUUCAUAGCAUUUGGUAUGUUCCAUUUUUUUCGCUAGACCUCACAAGUUUGCUAAACCUUUUGAUCAUAUAUGAACAUGCUUCAAUAGAAGACAUUGGGUAAAAAGUAGUUUAAAAAAACUAGAUGUCGGAGAUUUUUGUUUGUCAGCCACACGGGCGUUAUUAAAGUCAGGUUCAGAUGAAGGAAGAGAGCUGACUGCACCCCAGGCCUCCUCACCCUACAUCAGCACCUUUACCAAAAGUGUUCCAAUCCAUCCCAGUGUUUAAUAGGUUUGAGAUCAGGGCUCAAGAUCUUCCACUCCGACUCAUGUAAGCCAUAUCUUAAUGGAACAGCUGGAAAUGGAAAUGCUACAUCCAAAGGCAUCCUAUACAAUUGUGUGCCUCCAGAUUUCUGGUGGCAGUUUGGGUGAAGUCAGAAAAAGUCAGGUGUCCCAAUACUUUUGUUUGUAUGGUGUACCGAACAUUUACUUCUUGGUUGUAAAUGUUUUACAGUUCUUCCACCCUUCUGCUUACACAGUCUCAGACUUUUGGACCCCACUGUAGCUGGAAAUUGUUCCUCGGGUUUAAAACAACAGCUGGUUGGUGUAUGAUUAGAUUACUAAUUAAUCCAGGUCCAUAUUGUUUGCACAUUGCUUAUUCUGCAAGAUACUAAUACUAAUAAGAACAGUGUGUAAAGCCUGGAGAGGCUAAAAAAGUAUUGUAGUCAGAGGCAGGAAGUAGCAUUGCAUAUGGAAAAUGUAUGUGCUUUAUUAAUCAUUUUUUGCUCUUGUCUAAAGAAAACGUGUAGUCCGGUCUGUUCAUCGCUGCAAAAUAAUACCAGAUGAUACUGGUAAUAAUUAACAUCUCCAUGAUCCCUUGUUUAAAAUGUUGAUCUAUGUUGAUGUAUAUAAACAUAGGAGAGUCAUAUGAUCUAAAAUACAUAGCUUGAGGUUAUUAUAUCAUAUGCGGGGGAAAAUGCCCAGUUUAAAUGCAUUUGAGGACCUUUAGUGACUGAUAAUCUCAAAAAUAUACACGUGUAAGUGUUUAAAUGAGACACAUUAAGCUUCUUUUGAGAAGUUUUCCAGAAUCAUAAUCUAAUUUAUAAAUUCAGGUAGCAUGAAGAACCUACAGGAUCUCAUCCAGUCAUGUUAUUUUAAAUGAGUUUGGUAGCCACGUUAGCUCCCCAGCUCUGAUGUAAAACUAACACCAUGGAAAUGUUACCAGACGAACUGGUGUAAUGUGCAAAUGUUGGAGGAAGUUUGAUUUUCGACACAUCUUUUGCACACAUCCAGCGGUUAGAAAAUGGCUUUUUUGUUGUUGUUAAUUAAAAACAACGGGGGGGGGAAAAAAUCAGAUUUCUAGAUCAAUUAUAUAAAUCAUUGACAUAAUUGCGAUAUAAAGGCGUUAAGCCGAGCUGCUGAUUCCUGGCUCUGUCUGCUCUGCUCCCCCCGGCGCAUUUAGACUUUCACCCCCAGAGGAAGCUGCUUUGUGGAGUCGUCAAUAAAAGACCUUUCUUGCUUUCGUAAAUGACGAUUGGUUUUAUAUUUUGUCCAGAUUGCGUGUCGGUAUUUUUGUAUUUUUUUUGUUUUGUUUUGUUUUGGUAUUAGAUUUUUGCUAACAGGGUUUAGGCACGCUAUUACUCGUUUAUAAUCUCGUCCCGUCGCUCAGAUUUCUGCUAGUGGUUUUAUUUCCAUUGCUCAUAAACUGUCUCUCGUUAGUGUUUUAAACCAUUAAAGAGACACGUUCGGGGAGGAGCCAUCACAAAUCCCCAGAAGAGCUUUCUAGAAGAAGGAUUGUGUGACUGCGAAAAAAACAAGAGAGGAUGUUUUCGGCCAUUGAUCGUUUCACAGGUCCGACUGUGUGCAAUUGUUAGCGUGUCCUGCAAAUCACGGACACGUUGACCAGACGUGUACAGUACGUGAGUAAAUAGUUGGCGGUGGUCGUGUUGAAUGUAUAAAGGAGAUGGAUUCUAUCGAUAGGUUUUAUUUUCUCAGAACAAAUGAUCUAUUUUGUCAUUUAAAGGAAUGCAAAGCAACGCACUCAGUGGACUGUGUGGAUUAAAAGUAGCAGCGCCCUCUUGUGUUGGUGAAAUCGUUAUCGUCGCUGUGUUCCAUAUUUCAGAUCCAUAUUCGAAAGAGAAGCACGUCCAUAUCUUUUAAGACUUUCAACUCCAGUUGAUGCCUCAGUGGUGCGAAUCCUACCAUUUUUAAAAAGGCCGAAGACCUCUACUAUCUCAAAUCAAUAAACAGGAUCAUGUUGUAAACACAUAAUGAGGCAUAGGAUGUAGGGUUCCGUUUGGACAUUAUGGUUUUAGUGCACAUUUUGGUUUAAAAAAAAAAAGUUUAGAUGGCAGUAAUACAGAAGCCUUGUUUUAUGUAAUCUAGUUCUCAUCGAGACAAUGUGUCGCUGUGUGCGUGGGCUUUGCUGGUUUUUUGUUUUUGUUUUUGGAAGAGAACUUAUUUAUUAAUGGCAAGUGUUGAAUGUAAGAAGACUCAAUGAGUGGAUGUCUGCGUGCUGGGUAAUAGGUGGGGAAAAUGGAAAUCUUUGUUUAUAUAUACAUAUUAAAAAAAAGUCUAUAUGAAAUGAUUAUAAAAAAGUGAAAAACAGGAAA